UGUUGUUGUUCAAGGUCAUCGCAACAGGAAGCGGUCAUCACCAAGGGUCAAGGUCGUCCCGGUGAUGCAACGCCUCCCGCUCGUCUCAUCCUUUGGUCGGUCCUCGCAAAAAAAGGCGGGUGUCCCCGAAAAACAGAGCCGCCGGCAUCGCGGAUCGAUAAACGGAGGCCGAACCCUGGCGGCGGCCCCGCCGAAUCCCGUGCCCGCUGUCCCACUCAAGAUGGCGCCUGAGUGUGGGCGGACGUAGCGCCGGCGCGAGCGCCCGGCAGCGCCGCCUCCCUGGCCCUGUGCCAGCGACGUCGUCCGACCGUCGCAGGACGUGUGAGAGCGGCAAAACGCGGGGCCCCGGGGCUUCGCCGCCGAGCGAACGAAGAGGAGGACGAAGCUCGCGUCAAGCGACAACAACAGAGCCUCAUGGCGGCGGCCGUCGGCCAGCGGCGGUGCCGACGCCGGCAGGGGCUCGCCGGCGAAGGUCGCUCAAAGGUCGGUGCCGCAAUGGCGUCGUCUCCCGGCCGCUGCUAUCUUUAGCAAUCCCUCCUCACCAGCGCCUCGCGUCUCUACUAUGAGCGAAUGGCAGUCGUCGUGUGCUAUCGGACUUGCUAGCUGUAGGCUGCGGGCAGAGUCCCUCGCCAGGCAGGUGUACUGCAGACCUUUCUUCCCGCCCAUGGACGAGCGGCCCAGUGUGGUCCAGUGCCCGCCGGUCCGACAACUCGCCCCGGCGACGACAACCCCGCAGGGAUCCCAGUCCGCCCUGCUCGUGGGAAACGGGACGGGCCCCUGGGAGCCCCACGGGACACAAGAGGGCUCGGACGAUGUCGAGCCCACAGACACGUCGGCCAACUUCCUGGUACGGACGGGCAGGGCACUGUACGAGCGACUCUACUCGCUGCUGCAGGACGAGAGCGUCGACUGUGUCGUCCAGAGCGGCGAAGAGAGCGUCGACGAACCGUCGUCGACGUCUUCGCUAGACUUGGGUGAUUCCGACAGUUCCGCGGAGAUUGGUGUCGACGGCCGAGUUUCAGCGCCGCCGGCCGUUGCCAGCCUUUCCAGUGUCGAGGUCUCGUUGCCCUCCGACGAUCUGCCUGCGAGCUACCCACCGGAGCGUGAAGUGGUCCGAGCAGCCUUGUCACAGCAUCAUUCGCUGCCUGACGACUCGUUUCCCUUUCCCAUCGUUCAAGGUCUGGUGCGCCCCGGUGGUGCGUCGGUGCUGCUAAAAAAUGGGAACUCUUCCGCGGAUUUAGUCGAGGAGGCCUUCCAGGAUGUGACUGAUGGGCUUGCUGAAGAGUUUCGGGACGACGGCUCCCCUACAGAUACUGGAGCCGAAGUCGCCGCCACAGACGUUGCCGCAGAUGCUUCUGCCGAGGUCAUCGCCACAGGCGCUGUUGUGUCUGCUGUCGACAGGUCAGAUUCUUCGGUCGGAACGGGCAUCGCUGAGUCGACUGAAGGACCAAGCAGCGCCGAACCGGAUAACAAGCGUCCAAGGUCUAAGCGAUUCGCCAAGCAUCGCUUCCAAGAGGCGGCUCCUCUGAAACAGCGUAACGCAGAAGGUCCACCUGCGGCACUACAAGCAGUUGCGCUAGAACCAUACCCCGCUGACGGAUCGCCAAGUUCCUUUUCAUCGUCUGCUAACGACGUCCCGUCUUCAGUGGACACGUCACCAUCUUCAUCCAGCACACCGCGGUCCCGAGAGGAGAGUGACGACGAGGACAGCGCGAGCCGUGGCCGUCUACUCCGCAGCACCUCCCUCAAAACCGGCAAGAGUCCACCGGGAACACCGUACAAGAAAAAAAUCGUCCGGUUCGCGGAUGCCAUGGGACUGGACCUCGCAGCGGUGCGGACCAUCGUCUCCGGCGACGUACCCAACAUCCCUGCAUCCGCCUUCUCUCACCUCGACCUCGAACGUCAGGUCUCACCUCCGCGGACAUCGGGUCCUUCGCUGGUGCUAGCGCCCUUGUUCGCCCAGCCUGGGGCCAGCUCGGAGUUUUUAACGCGACUGACGGCCCAGAAGGUCUGUCUGGAGUCCGUCGUCGUGACGGGCUGCGCCAUACACGCCGUCAUCCGCGUCCUCAACGUUGCCUUCGAAAAGUUGGUGAUUCUGCGCUACUCGCUCGACCAGUGGCGUUCCUUCUGCGACCUCCGAGCCGUCUACCUGCCUGGUUCGUCAGACGGGCUUUCGGACAGGUUCGGCGCUGACCUGUACCUGUCCGAGAACUGCGCUCGGCCCAUGGUCCAGAUGUGUGUGCGGUACGUCGUCGGGGAUCGCGAGUUUUGGGAUAACAACGGCGGUACCAACUACCGCUUCGAGUUUAGGGAGUCGCCCAGGGACGAACCUGAGAUGACGCCUCUCAUGAACUACCUUUAGCCUGACGGUGGGAACGUGUUGCUGCCGUGCGAGACGGCACGGGUAUUUAUUCGCCAGGGAGUGGGGAUGGGAUGUACAAUGGCAUAUCGGAGACGUGUGUGAUGCAACUAUAGGAUUAGCAAUAAUAAAUGAAGGUCGCCAAUGUAGGCUCUUUUGCGAGGUGGCGGUGGUACACGAGAACGAAAGAUUUUGCAGAAGCCCGAGUCUGGAUGCUGCGACUGAAAGUGGGGUUCUAGCGGCAUGUGCGCGGUUCUAGGUCGUCCCUCGGCGUUUCGCCAAACUCGGGCUUCCAAAAGUGAGAGUGCUACUCUGUUCUAUAGUGGCUCUGAUGCUCAUCAAUCUGCUGAGUCAUUCUGCGCCAGUGAUUGCUCGCCUCAAGAAAGAACAAAUAUAGAAAUUGCCCGCUUUUGAUAUUGAAAUCUCGAAAGUAUGUUUCGAGCAAAUACUCCAAUGGAAGUGUACCAGAGAUAGUCUUAUCAAAAUUAAAAUUUUCAGAGACUACGUAUCUCUUGUUGACAUCCGCGGUGCUGUUACGGACUCUUCGGGGUAUGGCAUUUGUUUAUUUUCUUAAAAUGAACCGAUAUAUUUUUUGUAUCCGCAAACCCCUCUCUUGACGAGCCUAUCCUGCAGCGUUGGCGACUACGGUGUUCAUUCAAAGUGUCCACAAUUAUAGGAUCACAAAACGAAACUGGGAAGUUGAUUGGUCUCUCACCUGGAAGGGAAACAAAUAUACAAAAUCUAGUCAACGACACCACUCGUUCAUGUGGUCCUAUAGAUGUGUGAAAACGUUAUACUAUAUGACGUUAUAAGGGUAUCUGGGUAUUCACACUGAUGUUAUUCCAUGCAAAUCAUGCCGCGUUAAGCUUACCGUUCGCGACAAGAAAUAUGUUUCAGGAGUGCGUCGUGUCACGGUGUACAGGACGUCCUUUGUCGUGCGAUUUUUAAAAAUGUCGCGCUUUGCUGUUGAUGUUCAUCAGCACAGGUCGUUGGUUGAAGUUUGGGCCAUCAUUGAUGGGCACUGAGAGUGGAUUGUAGUACAUUUCUAUAUGGGUACACAGCGCAGUAAUCUGUAAAGUUGCGCCUCUACCGGUAUAAACACUGCCUCGUGGCUGGCACCUUUAUAGCCUUACAUCGUCUUAAAGCUACACCUACACGGAAAGGGUGGAGCGUCGCUUACAUUGAAAGGCAACUUCUGAGUGCUCGGUUAUCCACGGCCAUAUGUAACUUCUUAGGUGCGAGCCAUAGACAAGCAGGCGUUUAGACCGGUACGGGCGUGCAAGUAUCUACAGCGGUAUCGGACGAUGAUUGUGAAAUGUAUCGCAGGAGCUUGUCUCCCCCUAGUCGCGGGCUACGGGUUUUGAAGAACGGUUGAAGCGUGAGUCACGCGUGCAUCAUGCGACCGUAUUAUGCAGGACCUGUCAUUCGUUGGUUUAGCACCUGUUGUCAGACAUGGAUCGCUCAUUAAAGAGGAAGAUCUAGUUA